AGUAAUCCAGUUGAGUGUUCCAGUCCCGUUAAAAUCCUGACCCGUGCCUCUCUACCCCUGAGGAACCACUCCCUUGUAGAGGAGUCUGUAGGCAGAACCAUCAGUUUUGUUUUACUAAUCCCUCAGUAUCUCACAUUUUGUCAUAUUCAGUUUGUUCUUUUAAGUCAUAUUUAUAUUGUGGCACUAAAAGGCAUGUAGUUUAUAUGAACAGCAAGUUUACCUGCAUUUAUACUGCCUUUUGUGACUAGACUAACUGUCUGUCGGCAACUUCUUAAUCUCACAUCUCGCGCUAUAACAUACAAAAAGAAUACUAGCAUACAUGGUACGACAAGCACUUACCUGAAAAGUUAGAGCACUUUUUCUUUACUGCGGCCAGGUCCACAAUGUUUUCGUGGUACUAUGCGCAUAAGCCUGUGCAUAGAGAAAAGGCCUCGUAGUAGCUCCCACUUCCCAUGCUCCCACACCCCUCUACAAGCACUGAAGUGCAAACCCUCAGCACACUGCGCAUGGAGUGGGAUAUGCAUUUACUCGUGGUGUAAUAGCUCACGGAGAGUCUGACACAGGCUUGCUGUAGUCAUUUCAGGAAAACCACUUUUUUAACGCACUAACUAGUAGGUCUGAAGCGGCUUUAGUAUCCCUUAUAGGCUGACUCGUAGCCUGUAGCUCCAGAAUAGAGGGUGACAGACAGAAAGACAGACAGAAAGACAGACAGACAGACAGACCAAGUACUGUAGCCUUCGCUGUGCAUGUGCGCCGAGGACAACCACAAAACCAUCAUCCAUCUGACAUUGUCCCCUUGAUAAUAGCCAAUGUUAUGUAGCUUAACUUGAAACUCUAAUCUUUCCCUCCGCUUUCAAGCAUAACAUGAAUUCACUUUUAACAGCAGGAGAUAAUGCAAAAUCAAACAACUUAUACUGUAUGUCUGGUUGUUAACCUUUAAAAUGAUGAACUGUCAUAUGCUUCUCUUGAACAGAAUUUGUAUCGUGUGUAUGAAAGAAGAAAGGAAAUGUCUAGCUUAACUCCUCCCUACAAGAGACUAAUGUCAUAUAGGGUCUUUGGCUGGCUGGUUUGGUUGGGCUCCAUUUUAUUGUAUUUGCUCUGCAACAUUGUGUUUAGUGUGCUUAUUCAUCUCAACUCACUACGGGACAGUGAUGGAAACCCUAACCAAUAUUUGGUUGUACUCAGAGUUGUAACUCUUGAUGGACUAUUUCUGUUAAUGGGAAUCACACUUGCUGUCUGCAUGUUCAUAAUGUAUGCUACAAAACUUGGAAAAGAUGUCUUGGAAGCUCACAAUUUAAACAAGUGGAAGCCUGUCACCUUCUCUUGUGUCCUUUUUUUAUUGUUUGUUUCUCGAGCAAUCUAUGAUUUGAUUUCUGUUACCAUCACUGUUGUGAACAAGGAGGAGAUGCAUGCAUAUGGAUUUGGAUCUAGCUGGAUGGCAACAGAUAUGGCAGACUAUGAGUUUAAAAGGAAGUAUGGUUAUGUGUCAUACCUAUCUAUUUUGUUUCUUUGGGAAGUGAUUCCUACCUAUGCAAUUGUCAUAUUCUUUCGAGUCGCAUUCCCAUUCAGCACAUGCAGAAAGCUAUCUCCGUGCACUGUUUGUAGGAAGAAAACCACUAAUAGUGCUGCACAGAGAAGACAUUUCUUUGAUAAUCCAGCUCGAUAUGAUGCUGAAACAGAAGAUAUAAUACAAAGAUCGAGCCAGUUGGCAAUUCCUAAUCUCUCUGGACCUGUAAAUUUUUCACCAUCAAGAGCUGGCUAUGGUUCAACAAGUGGCUAUCUUUAUAGUGCUCCUAGCAAAUAUUCAACGAACAAUGCACCCUCUCAGUCAUAUAUGCCUGGAACAACACCACCACAAAUUGUUCACUACCAGUCCUUCAUUCCUUCAAUGAUUUUAGUGUGCCAUUAUGUUGUGUGUGUUUGUGUGCAUUUUGUAUCUUUAUCACCACCAGUGAUACUUUUUUAGAACGAACAAGACAUCAUUCAUAACUUCAUCCUUGCAUUUUUCUAUGUAACAUGUUUUGCAUGUAAGUUACUUACAGAACAUGUAAACUAAACAGCUCAUGUUUUCACAUAAAGAAAGAGAAUUAGAGGGAGGGGGACUUCACGAACUAUAAACACAACACAUACGUAGAUAGCGAAAAACACACACAAACGAAUACCACGAGUAAUAAUAAAUAAAUACAUAAACUAAAAAAAAGCACAAGAAGGUGUGAAAGAAAGAGAGGAUGGCAAACAAAAAUGCAGGGUGCAGUCCCGUGCCACAGCCCACACGUGGACAAGUCAUCUCGUGAUUAGCCUCUCAACUGCAUGUGUGCAAAAGUAUGUACAGAAAUAGACAAAGAGACAACAAAGGUAAGACUAACCAAUAUACCAUGACCGAAACUCGUGGUCAAUGAGGAUCAGUAAGGGAGCUCCCCUGAUGAUCGGCCCUCUCCCCCAGUAUAUACAUCUCUCUUUGGCUUUCCCUCAAAACCCUACUAUAAUGUGUUGCAUAAACCACAUCUGCCAAAAACUGGAGGGGCC